AUGCAAUCAAUUCGGCCACGUAGUUCGACGUGUAAAAGAAGCGAACCACGAUCGGAAGUCAAACUGCAUAAUCGUAAAUCUUCGAGUAACUCCGACCACAGAAUACCGAAACAUGCCAUGUUCGGAGCAUCUCAAGGAGGCACAAUUACAGUGUCAGAUUGUCCUAAUACAUUAAACGAAGUAAAUGAAAAUGAUAUUUUAACUGAAACCUACGUCGUUAAAAACUUAAAAGAAAAAAAAUUCGAUGACUACGACAGUGACGUAACUGUCAUUAGUGAGGUAAUGCCAGUCAAAAUACACAAACAUAAUAUAGUUUUACAGAAGCCAAUGAUUACCAUAAAUAUUAACGGACUUAGUUUAAGCGUUCUGGUUGAUUCAGGCAGUGAGGUGAAUAUUAUAUCCUCAGAUAUAUAUGAUGCUAUCGGUAAACCUAAGUGCAACAAGGAUAAUAUUACUCUUUCCGGCAUUGGGUUGUCCACAGUACGUUCUAUAGGGAAAUGUUAUCUAAGUUUUUAUGCAGAUGGAAAUUAUUAUAGCAAUAUAGUUUUUCAUAUUGUAUCUAAGAAUUAUAUCCCUUAUAAUGUAAUUUUAGGGCAAGAGUUCUUAUCAAAUAUUACAGUGGUGAUGGAACGAGGCUGUGUUAGAUUAGUCUGUAAGGAAAGGAUGCAAAUGGGAUGUUGUGUUAAUGAAUGUUUGCCAUCUUACUUCAUAGGUCCUAUAAGGAAUAUUAGAUUAAGAAAGAAGGUGAUGCAGCAUGUCAAAAAUUACAACCCAAAACAAAGUAAGCAGCAUAAGAUAAUCAGUAUAGAAGCUUGUAUGAUUGUGUUAUUGUUGUUAUUUUUCACUACUGUAAUAUUCAACAGA